CUGCAGACUGUGAGAACCUCCAGCAAACCCAGGACUCACACAUUCAUAUGGAGAUUAGAGAGUAUAAAUAGAGGAGGGAGUGAGAGAGAGCUCAGCACAGCUCAGAUGUUCUCCUCACAGAGAGCAACAGAAGAAACACAGCCAUGGCUCCUACAAUCACUGCAUCAAUCAUCAACUCCAACCACCUUAUUCCACUUACUAAUAAGCUGAGAAAGCCGAUAGUGGAGAAGAUGCGUAGAGAACGUAUCAACAGCAGCAUCGAGAAGCUCAAGUCUCUGCUGGAUGGAGAAUUCUUAAAGCAACAGCCAGAUUCCAGACAGGAGAAAGCCGACAUCCUGGAGAUGACACUUUGUUUCCUGAGACAGCAGCAGCAGCCACACAAGGAGUCGAGCUGCUCCACUGUAGCUGAUGAAGGCUACAGAAGGUGUGUGCAGGAGGCCAUCAACUUCCUGUCUCAGUGUCAAGCACACACUCAGUCCCAGAGAAGACUGCUGAGACACUUCCUCACCAUGCAGCCUUCCAUGGAGAAGAACAGAAGUGUCGUUCCUCAGCUCAGCUCUCCAUCCUGCCAGAUCAGCAGCAAAGAGGAGACUCCAGUCUGCAGUGGUCUCUGGAGACCCUGGUAGAGCCACAUGGACACUUUACCAUUAGGAAACUAGCUUACAAAUGUCACAUUGGCAUUAACUAUGAUUUUCCUAAAUGUGUAUGAAUAUUUUUGUCCAAUUUUACAUGGACCGAAUAUGACAAGUUGCUUUAAUAUUGGAAAAGCAUGUGAAGACUUUGUUUAUUACUUUUCCACAUUCUUACUAUGCAAGAUGGUUUGCUGCUUAUUUCAAGUAUUUUUUAAAACUUUGAUGUUUUUACAGUUUUUCAUAUGAAAAAUAUAACAAGUUGGUUUCAUUAUGAGGAAGCAAAGGAAGGUAUUUUUUAAUUCAGAAUUAAUGAGCUGCAAUACCACUUAUUAUUAUGCAAGAGGAAUUAUUACACUCACUGAGAGAGUUUAUUACAAAACCCAUAUUGGGGAUAAAUGCUCUGUAUUUGCAGAAUGUUUGAAUAUUCAAGCAAUUAAACUUUUACUAGUUUUUAUAUGACCUCACUUACUGUGUAAGAAAAUACUAAUUCGGACCCCUGAGAGCAAAAUGUCUGUGACAUUUCCUAAUCUAUUUGUACUCCAGUGGUGUAAGAUGCUAUACUUAAUGAGUUAAUUAUCCUUUUUAAAUUUUUAAACUGGAUGUUACUUUGCCUUCAGUAAAGGCGUUGGAUGUUAUGUUACUCCAUUAUGAGUACACAAAGAGAUACUGAAAAUAAACUGCAAUGAUGCAAUCAAAAUAAUGUCUAUGAAUUAUUCUGUUUUUUUCUUCGAUUGUCUUUUGUGUGGUCCUUACCAUCACUACAGAAUUUAGAAGUGUUCAAGAUGUUUUGUUCUUUGGAAGGGUUUGCAAUAUUCUUCUGAUCUUCAUGUCCACAUUAAUCCAACUUAUACAUUUAGCUUUAUCAUUAUAUACAGUACAUAGAACACACAUGUUUUACUAAAGUCAUGUUAGAGCCCGUGUUACU